GAAAUCCUGGAUAGAAAAUACUUUCACCAAGAGGGAGUGCGUAUAUAUUAUACCAAGUUCAAAAGACCCCCACAGAUGCCUUCCAGGAUGUCAAAUUUGUCAGCAGCUUGUCAGGUGCUGUUGCGGCCGCUUGGUCAGGCAACAUGCCUGUUUUACUGCGAGUCUUGCUAUGAAAUACUCCGAUGUGAAGCUGGGUGAAAACUGUAAUAAUCAGGAAACAGAAGAAUGGUCAGUGGAAAAGCAUACAGAACAGACUCCUACCGAUGCUUAUGGUGUCAUCAACUUUCAAGGCGGCUCUCAUUCUUACAGGGCUAAGUAUGUGCGAUUGUCAUAUGACACUAAGCCUGAAGCUAUUCUGCAGCUUAUGCUUAAAGAAUGGCAGAUGGAGUUGCCGAAGCUUGUUAUAUCUGUACACGGGGGCAUGCAGAAAUUCGAACUUCACCCACGCAUCAAGCAGUUGCUUGGCAAAGGUCUUAUUAAAGCUGCAGUAACAACAGGAGCCUGGAUUAUAACUGGAGGAGUUAACACAGGUGUUGCGAAACAUGUUGGUGAUGCUCUCAGAGAACAUGCUUCCAGAUCAUCUCGGAAGAUUUGCACUAUUGGGAUUGCUCCAUGGGGAGUAAUUGAAAACAGAAACGACCUUGUUGGAAGAGAUGUGGUUGCUCCAUAUCAAACCUUGCUAAACCCACUAAGUAAGCUAAAUGUCUUAAAUAAUCUCCAUUCCCAUUUCAUUCUGGUGGAUGAUGGAACAGUCGGAAAAUAUGGAGCGGAAGUUAAAUUACGGAGAGAACUGGAAAAAACUAUAAAUUUGCAACGGAUCCAUGCAAGAAUUGGCCAAGGUGUUCCUGUGGUAGCGCUGGUAUUUGAAGGUGGACCCAAUGUCAUACUGACGGUUUUAGACUUCCUUCAAGAAAGUCCUCCCGUGCCGGUGGUAGUUUGUGAAGGGACUGGUAGAGCUGCAGACAUACUGGCCUAUGUUCACAAGCAAACGGAGGAGGGAGGGAAUGUUCCUGAAGGUGCAGAGUCUGAAAUAAUUUCAACCAUCAAAAAGACAUUUAAUUUUGGUCAAAGUGAAGCGGUUCAUCUGUUUCAGACAUUGUUGGAAUGCAUGAAAAAAAAAGAGCUUAUUACUGUUUUUCAUAUUGGGUCAGAUGAGCAUCAAGAUAUUGACGUUGCGAUACUUACAGCAUUGCUAAAAGGCACGAACGCCUCUGCAUUUGACCAGCUUGUCCUUACACUAGCGUGGGAUAGAGUUGACAUAGCCAAAAAUCAUGUUUUUGUUUAUGGGCAACAGUGGCUGGUUGGCUCUCUGGAACAGGCUAUGUUAGAUGCCCUUGUGAUGGAUAGAGUUGCAUUUGUGAAACUUCUGAUUGAAAACGGUGUAAGCAUGCACAAGUUCCUUACAAUUCCCAGACUGGAAGAACUUUAUAAUACAAAACAAGGCCCAACUAAUCCAACGCUCUUUCACCUUGUUCGGGAUGUCAAGCAGGGAAAUCUUCCUCCAGGCUAUAAAAUCAACCUGAUUGAUGUGGGGCUGGUUAUUGAAUAUUUGAUGGGAGGAACCUAUAGAUGCACCUAUACAAGAAAACGCUUUAGAGCUAUAUACAAUAGUCUCAGCGGGAACAAUCGGCGAUCUGGGCGAAAUCCUUCAAAUAAUACUCCUCAGAUGUGUAAAAGCCAUGAGCCUUUUGGUAACAGGGCAGAUAAGAAAGAAAAAAUGCGACAUAAUCACUUCAUCAAAACAGCACAGCCGUACAAACCAAAGAUUGACACUGGUGCAGAAGAGGGAAAAAAGAAAAGAACCAAAGAUGAAAUAGUAGACAUAGAUGAUCCCGAAACGAGACGUUUUGCAUAUCCUCUCAACGAGCUCUUACUUUGGGCAGUGCUAAUGAAGAGGCAGAAGAUGGCCCUCUUCUUCUGGCAGCAUGGGGAGGAAUCCAUGGCUAAAGCCUUAGUUGCUUGCAAAGUGUACCGUUCAAUGGCGUAUGAAGCAAAACAAAGUGACCUUGUUGAUGAUACUUCAGAAGAAUUGAAACAGUAUUCCAACGAGUUUGGUCAGCUGGCAGUUGAACUGUUAGAGCAGUCCUUCCGACAAGAUGAGACCAUGGCGAUGAAAUUACUCACCUAUGAGCUUAAAAAUUGGAGUAACUCGACUUGUCUGAAGCUAGCAGUGUCCUCAAGGCUUCGUCCAUUUGUGGCACAUACUUGUACACAAAUGUUAUUAUCAGAUAUGUGGAUGGGAAGACUGAAUAUGAGGAAGAAUUCCUGGUACAAGGUGAUACUGAGCAUUUUAUUGCCUCCUGCUAUACUGCUGUUGGAAUAUAAAACCAAGGCUGAAAUGUCACAUAUCCCUCAGUCCCAGGAUGCACAUCAAAUGGCAAUGGAUGACAGUGAAAACAACUUCCAAAACGCUGUAGAUGAAAUACCUAUGGAGGUGUUUAAAGAAGUAAGGAUCUUGGACAAUGCUUCAGAAAAGCAUGAUAUGGAGACACCAGCAAAGCCAAAAAAGCUUCCAAUUACCCAGAAAUUUUAUGCAUUUUAUCAUGCCCCAAUUGUGAAGUUUUGGUUUAAUACGUUGGCAUACUUAGGAUUUCUCAUGCUUUACACAUUUGUGGUGCUUGUGAAAAUGGAAGAAUUGCCAUCUGUUCAAGAGUGGUUUGUCAUUGCCUACAUUUUCACAUCAGCAAUUGAGAAAGUUCGGGAGAUUUUUAUGUCAGAGGCUGGGAAGAUUAAUCAGAAGAUUAAAGUGUGGUUUAGUGAUUACUUCAAUAUUAGUGACACAGUUGCUAUUGUCACUUUCUUCAUUGGGUUUGCAUUAAGAUUUGGAGCAAAGGGGAACUUUGGUGAAAAUACCUACAAAGAAAAUUAUGUUUUUGUUGCUGGAAGAAUAACAUACUGUCUCAAUAUAAUUUUUUGGUAUGUGCGAUUACUGGAUUUUCUAGCUGUAAAUCAACAGGCUGGCCCUUAUGUUAUGAUGAUUGGUAAAAUGGUGGCCAACAUGUUUUACAUUGUGGUGAUUAUGGCACUUGUACUGCUUAGUUUUGGUGUUCCUAGGAAGGCAAUACUGUAUCCUAAUGAAGCACCGUCUUGGACUCUUGCUAGAGACAUUGUGUUUUAUCCAUACUGGAUGAUUUUUGGUGAAGUGUAUGCAUAUGAAAUUGAUGUAUGUGCAAAAAAUUCUGAUGAAAAAGUUACUCAUCUCUGUGGGCCAGGAACAUGGUUGACCCCAUUUCUUCAAGCCGUCUACCUCUUUGUACAGUACAUUAUUAUGGUUAAUCUCCUUAUUGCAUUUUUCAACAAUGUUUAUUUACAAGUAAAGGCUAUUUCAAACAUAGUGUGGAAGUAUCAACGUUAUCAUUUCAUUAUGGCCUACCAUGAGAAACCGGUUCUUCCUCCACCACUUAUUAUUCUUAGCCACAUGGCUUCCCUGUUUUGUUGUAUAUGUAAAAGAAGAAAGAAAGACAAGACUUCAGAUGGGCCAAAACUCUUCCUGACAGAAGAAGAUCAAAAGAAACUUCAUGAUUUUGAAGAGUUGUGUGUUGAGAUGUAUUUCAAUGAAAAAGAUGAUAAAUUCCAUUCUGGAAGUGAAGAGAGGAUUCGAGUCACUUUUGAACGAGUGGAGCAAAUGUGCAUUCAGAUAAAGGAAGUUGGUGAUCGUGUCAACUAUAUAAAGCGGUCACUGCAGUCUUUAGAUUCACAGAUUGGCCAUCUACAGGAUCUGUCUGCUCUAACUGUGGACACUCUGAAAACACUGACUGCACAGAAAGCUUCAGAAGCUAGCAAGGUUCAUAAUGAAAUUACACGGGAAUUGAGCAUUUCAAAACAUCUGGCACAAAACCUCAUUGAUGAUGGCUCUCUAAGAUCUUCUGUAUGGAAAAAACAUAGCAUCGGAAAUGUUUUUGGUACUCUUCCUCAAGGAGGCCUUGAACGAAAUAAUGCUUUACUCUGUAACAUUUCUAUACGUGAUGACAAAGAAGGCCAACAUAAGACAAUUGGUCAGGAAUUAGCUCAAGUUCCCCGAAGAGAAGAAAUAAACUUUCAAGAGGCAGGUUCCUCAGGCAGUGCCUUAUUUCCAAAUGUUGUUUCUCCUCCAGAACUUCGUCAACGAAUACAGGCUGCAGAGAUCUCAAAAUCCAGUAGCAGGAGUAAAAAAUUAGGCAAUUCAUCCAACAGCAUGCCACAUGUAACAUCCCCAACAGCUAAAUUUUUUGUUAGCACGCCAUCUCGGCCCAGUUGUAAAAGUCAGUUGGAUUCUUCAAUAAAGCAUGAAGAGACUGUUUGCUCUAAGGCCACAGAAGGAGAUAAUAAUGUAGAAUUUGGUGCAUUUGUGGGUCACAGGGACAGCAUGGAAUUACAGCGGUUUAAAGAGGCAGCAAACAGAAUUAAGGAAAGGAGUGCUGAUAUUGAGGGUCUUCAAACUGACUCCAGUCUGAGGCAGUCUAGUUCUUGUGGUGGAUUUACUGACUAUCCCCUGAACCCUUUGGUGGUUCAUUCAGAAGAAUGUAAGUGUAGUAGAAGAGCAUCAAGUGAAGACACUCAGCAGAUAGACUCUAAAGCAGCCUUGCUGACGGAUUGGUUGCAAGGUAGACCUUCAAAUAGCAGUCAAAUGCCAUCUGAAGAAGAUGCUUUGAAUGGUAUUGCUUCUCCUUUCAAGCCUAUCAUGGAUAUCAAUUACUAUUACUCAGCGGUAGAAAGAAAUAACUUGAUGAGGUUAUCACAGAGCAUCCCAUUCACUCCUGUGCCUCCAAGAGGUGAACCGGUCACUGUGUAUCGCCUCGAAGAAAGUUCUCCCAACAUCUUGAACAACAGCAUGUCUUCCUGGUCACAGCUGGGACUCUGUGCUAAAAUUGAAUUUUUAAGUAAAGAGGAGAUGGGAGGAGGUUUACGUCGAGCCCUUAAAGUAGUAUGCACAUGGUCAGAAUAUGAUAUCUUGAAAUCAGGACAUCUUUAUAUCAUCAAGUCUUUCCUUCCUGAAGUUGUGAAUACUUGGUCAAGCAUUUAUAAAGAGGACACUGUGUUACAUUUGUGCUUGAGAGAAAUUCAACAACAGAGGGCAGCACAGAAGCUCACAUUUGCUUUCAAUCAGAUGAAGCCCAAAUCUAUUCCAUACUCUCCAAGAUUCCUGGAAGUUUUCUUGUUAUAUUGCCACUCUGCGGGUCAGUGGUUUGCGGUUGAAGAGUGCAUGACUGGAGAGUUUAGAAAAUAUAACAACAACAAUGGUGAUGAAAUAAUUCCAACUAACAUGCUAGAGGAGGUUAUGCUAGCCUUCAGCCAUUGGACUUACGAGUAUACACGAGGGGAAUUGUUGGUGCUUGAUCUGCAAGGUGUUGGUGAAAAUUUAACAGAUCCUUCUGUGAUAAAAGCUGGAGAAAAAAGGUCAUAUGAUAUGGUGUUUGGGCCGGCCAAUUUAGGAGAGGAUGCAAUAAAAAACUUCAGAGCUAAGCAUCACUGUAACUCCUGUUGCAGGAAACUUAAGCUUCCUGAUCUGAAGAGGAAUGAUUACACACCUGACAAGAUUAUCUUUCCUCAGGAUGAUUCCCCUGAAUUGACAAUUCAGCCUGGAAGCUGCACCAAAGAAUCAGAUUCAGCUAAUUCUAUUCGUCUGAUGCUCUAAAAUGAUGUGACCAAAUCAGUGGCUUCAUCCAAACUUCAUGGAAUGUCACAAAGUUGUCACUUAUCUUGUCUUCACUUAUAAGAAAGAUAUAUCAAAACAAGGAUCGUUGGGUUAUAAGUGGAAUUUUAGGUGGUCCAAAUCUGAGGACCUAACAACUUGUGAUAACCAUCUACAGAGAACAGCUUGGCAGCUGAUCAUUUUAGAAGGUUGAAUAAUGACAAGUAUUUAUGAUAUGUUUUUAAAGGGGCUUUUUAGCAGAAGGUUUAUUUUUAAUUUUGCUUUGGUUUAGUGGAGGAUUUCCUCUCUGUAAUCCUGUGGUGUGCAAUAUGCCUUCAACCAAAAGGAUUUUGGUAGUUGAUGUUUUUAAGGUAAAGUGUCUGUUUGGCAGCUGUCUGACUGUCAAUCAGCCAAAGACUGAAGGAGACAGCACCUACCUCUGUGAUGCCAGAGUACUCUCUGAGCAUUUUCAGAAGUGUUUUGCUAACGUUUUCUUGGCAGAUGUCUUUUUUAAGUGGACAGAUUCAGAUGAGGGGUGUGUGUGGGCACACCCAUGGGCUGAGGUUGAAGGCAGAAACUUGAUCUGUUCUGAGAGAGAGAGCAGGAAAGAGAGAGUCUCCUGAAUCAGGAUUCAGCUUCAGGGCCGUAAAGCUGUUUUUGUAUCGUUUGGGGUUUUUUGUGGACUAGAGCCCUAAUUGUGCAUAAUGUAAUUUCUUGUUUUAUACAUUUCAGUUUUAUCAAGUCACCGUCAAGAUAGUAAAAUGAACAAAGCCAUGAUAGACUGGUAUAAUCACAUUUAAUAGAAGAAAUAGUAUGUACUGGUCCAAAUAAGUUGCCUUGUAAGAACACAAGUUGGAAGUGCUUUUCUUUGUACGUAGUGACUGCUUCAGAAGUUAUGCCUUCCAAAGAUCUCGUAAAACCAGUAUAUCAAAACCGAAUGUACACAUAACUUUUAAAUGUAUUUAAAAUUGUGUAGAAACAUCUUUAAUGUUAUGUUAUUUGUGGUACUUAUUUAAGAGAGACUAGGGUUGGAUUAUCAUUAUGUAAAGUACGGGAGAUUGCAAUGCACCUUUAUGCCAAUAAAAUGUAAUUUAACUGUCCCAAAUAUUGUUGAAUAUUCAGCAA